UGCACAGUUUUAUGAUCAAACUGAUGGCAGCAAAAUCCCAACCUUUCUAUCACUGUUACAGGGAACUAAAGAUGAGAACAAGGAUGUGGCUUGGCCCACCUGCGCCAUGUCAACCAACAACCGAUCCAACACCAACUCUUUGCCUUUUCUCCUGACGGGCAUCCCUGGCCUGGAAGGUCUCCACAUGUGGAUUUCCAUCCCAUUCUGCUUUAUGUAUAUCAUGACCUUGCUGGGAAAUAGCAUGGUCCUUCUUGCUGUGAGGCUGGACAAAAGCCUCCAUGAGCCUAUGUACUAUUUCAUUUCCAUGUUGGCUGUCAUCGACCUCAUCUUCUCAACUGCUGUAGUUCCUAAAAUGUUGGGUGUAUUCUGGUUGGACUAAAGAAAGAUUGGUUUUGAGGCCUGCUUCAUCCAGAUGUUCUUCAUCCACACUUUCACUGCAGUGGAGUCAGGGGUGCUCCUGGCAAUGUCCUUUGUCCGCUAUAUAGCCAUCUGCAAACCUCUGAGAUACACCACCACCCUAACGAGCUCAAGGACCAUCCAGAUAGGACUGCUGUCUCUGGCCAGGGCAGCCAGUGUCAUGACACCUUUGAUGUGCCUCCUCACCAGCUUACCCUACUGCAAAACCAGAGUCAUCCCUCAUUCCUACUGUGAGCACAUGGCCGUGGUGGAGCUGGCCUGUGCCGACCUAUCUGUCAGCGAUCUCUACAGCCUCGUUGUGGCAACACUAUUGGUGGGGACAGACUCUGUCUUCAUCACCUUCUCCUAUGGCAUGAUCCUCAGGUCUGUGAUGAGGCUGCCGUCCCAAGAGGCUCGUCUCAAGGCCCUCAGGACCUGCGGGUCCCAUGUUUCCAUCAUCCUGCUGUUUUAAGUAGGUGGCCUUCUCUCCAUGUACCUGCAGAUGUUCUCUUUCGGCUUGGCACCUCAUGUCCAAGUCCUGGUGGCUGAUUUCUAUUUGACAGUCCCUCCUAUGCUCAACCCCCUCAUUUAUGGCAUAAAGAUGAAGCAGAUCCAGGAAGGGAUCUUCAGACUGCUGGGGAAGUUGGCAGGACUCAAUAUCUCACAAGCUGAUAAAGACCAGUCAGAUGUUGAGAGAGGUAGGCACCGCCAGAAAAUAAUUUAUCCCAUCCUAGAAUAGGUGUGAAGUUAAGUGCAAUG